AUAAGUUAACCCGAGGCCCUUCUCUUAGCGAUCAAGCUCUCUCUCUCUCUCUCUCUCUCUCUCUCUCUCUCUGGAUUGAGGACUUGCUGUUCCUAUACCCUUGUCUCUGCAACCAACACCAAUCGAAUCAUAGAAAGAGAACAAAAAGAAAAGAAAGAAAAAACUGUUCGAUGUCAGCUUCUUCGACGAUGGUGGUUGCUUCGAGCUCCUCCUGGGCUCGCGCCAUGCUUCAGAUCUCACCUUACACCUUCUCCGCUCUCGGCAUCGCCAUCGCCAUCGGCGUCUCCGUUCUCGGCGCUGCUUGGGGGAUUUACAUAACAGGCAGUAGUUUGAUCGGUGCAGCAAUCAAAGCUCCGCGAAUCACUUCGAAGAAUCUCAUUAGUGUGAUCUUCUGUGAAGCUGUUGCAAUAUAUGGUGUUAUCGUGGCAAUUAUUCUACAAACAAAGUUGGAGAGUGUUCCACCGUCACAAAUAUAUGCACCGGAAUCUCUUAGAGCCGGUUAUGCUAUCUUCGCUUCUGGGAUUAUUGUGGGCUUUGCCAACCUUGUCUGCGGGCUAUGUGUAGGAAUUAUUGGAAGCAGCUGUGCGUUAUCUGAUGCACAGAACUCAUCACUGUUUGUGAAGAUUCUGGUGAUCGAAAUCUUUGGCAGUGCACUCGGUUUGUUUGGAGUGAUAGUCGGAAUAAUCAUGUCGGCACAAGCAACAUGGCCUUCUAAACCAGUUUAGUCUGCUAUUUUUGUCGGUGUCUGGCAAUUCUUUUGUCGGUGGUACGUACAAAUGAAUGUACCCCAAACUAUGUAUCUUUGUUUUUUUCUCUCAAUUAUUUCAGUAGUAGGUGAGUAAGCUCUCGUUGUUGCCUCUUUCUAAUAUUAAGCUGCUUUUGUUGUGAUUUGGAGGAUGAGAUUAUGAUAUAUUUUUUGAUUUGUAUUUAACUUUCUUUUGUUUUUAAUCUGACCUGUUUGUAGGUUGAACCAUAUGAUGCAUGAUGAAUAAGGGCAGUUAGUCAUAAAUGGCCCGCAGUAUUUUGUGUUAUAUAGGCACAACGAAGUUUUUUAGUGGUUUUAUUCUCUCA